AUGGAGGCGACACAGAUGGGCAUUGCCAAAGAGACCACUCUCAUGGAGAGCAAUCUGUAUCGCGGUAUGGCAGGCCUCGUGCCAGUCUUGGGCAGCGAAUUUUUGGUGAUCGCGCUGUGCAUCAAAGCUCUGGUGUACCUGGGAGAACUGCAAUACGUCAGUCGAUGGGGCCCUUAUUCUCAAAUUUAUCUACAAUCUACGCCGGAGGAAUCUGGCGUGAGUAACGAGGUACAUUCGCACACUAGGUCUAGACAAGAGACACAAGAUGUACCACCACGGGGCCUUUCCGAGCACUGCAAUUAUCGCCUAAGAUCAUGCGCCUAUAUACUGAAAGAGAAGGAUGCCAGAAAGAGGUUAAUCACACUAGCUACGUCUGCGGUUUUUUUGAUUCUCGUCCUCGCCCUUUAUCUUGUGUUCGCUGUAUCCAAUUCCAUUUUGGGCCGCGAGCUACAUAUUCUUCUUGUUUUCAUGAUUCUAAUUCUUGCCAUUGUCUUUUGUCAUUCUUUGAUCCGCCUUGCGAUGGUAAUCUUGAGAAGUCCUACCAAUCAGAUUCCUAGAAGAGCAGGGCCUACUGGUUACGCUCAGCCGGAACGCCCAAUUCAGGUUGUCCUUGCCGGAGAUGAAGUUCUGACCGAAAGCAACAGCAACAAUCGGGAAAAAGUUGUGGCUCCCCCUCCAGCGUAUGGUCUCUGGAGGAGUAGCGUGAGAAUAAACCCGGACUUGCUUUAUUGGCAGCGAGUGGAGCGCAAUGCGCGCCCCUUAUGGAAUCACAUAAACAAGGCUGAGCCAACUUCAAGCAACAAAAUUGCAACUCCACGGCCUCCCAGCUAUACAUCUGAUAAUGGCAUUGAUUACGUUGUUGAAGCACAGCCACGUUCAUUCACACGGUGCCAUAUCGCUGAGGAGCCCGAACAUCGGUAA